CAUUCAACCUGUGACUGUUACAUGAACGGACGGACGUAGAGAGGGGUGCGUGUUUUAUCAUCUUCGAUGCGGGGUUGUUGGGCCGAGACGUCUACGGAGUGCACACACACACACGGACUUGUGGCUCGCACGGUUGUCAGGCACGCUACUUUUCUUAUCUCUACCUCGACCAUUAAUGAUUAUAUUUGCAGUGUUUCUUCUCUACUGUUUCUACCAUCUUAUCCGCCGUUAUAUGGAGCAAGGGUAAAAUGAUCUUGCGGUCGACUUUGACAUCGGUUCAUCACACUUGAAAUUAAUUAUUUUAGAACUUUUGCUUUGAUUACAACACUCGUCGACUGUGGAACUAUACUCAUCGGGAACGAGUCAUGGACUACGCAUUUGUUCUGAUCGAGCGAAAAUCUACUUAUUGAGGAUCUUAUUUGGAAAACAUUAUAAAACCGUCAACAACUAACCAGGUUCAAUAUACACCUCAAUAUUGAAAACAUUCAUAUUGAUGUGUAUGUCAUGAGGCCGUUCUUUGAUCUACUUUGACACCGUAAUCAUCGAGCAGUCGGAGUGUGCAAAUAAGUUACUGUAUAAGACUUCUUUCUCCUUCAGAAUAAAAUUCGCAGGCGCCCUGAUAUUCUGUAGCUUGUAGGGAUUCAUCGAUCAUGGAUUGAAAUAUAAAGUGUGCAGUGAACGCACCGUGAUGGCACAUUAAUACGCGUCAUUUUGACAGUAUGUUUCCAGGAGUGCAUCCCAUGGGUAACCAAAGAAAGAUGCGAGGCGAUUCUGAGGAUGUAGCGAUGCCGAAAUGUGCGGCCACCGCGGCCGAGAACGAUGAGAGCUUUCUCCCACCCAUAGACUCAAGAUGGAGCGCGACGAGCGACGACCACGAUGAUCUCGGUUAUGCCGAGAGCACCGAGGGCGGUAACCAAGGUGCUACGACGGUCCAGUCCCGAAGAUUGUGUGAAAAGAAAAUGUCGAAGUCCGGUCGGCUGUUGGUCAACAAAUCUUCGAUGUCGGACAGUUUUGUGUUGCCGAACAUCUCAAAUAUGUCGCCGUCCAGUGAAUUCAGGAAGUCGAGGACGGCUGGGUCGAACUGGAGUCAUGGUGACUCAAGAACUCGUGAAAGCAUGCCCAUGUCUAAGAGCUGCCCAAUUUUGAAAAACCGAAACGGCUACCAGUGGGGGAAAGACAGUUCGGAGGAAGAUAACGAUGAUGAGGACUUCGAGAGGGACUUUCUUUCCAUGUCUUACAACGUAAUGAUGCAAUCAGAACGCGAUGGCUUCAAUCACACAGACAUCGAUAAAAACAGGCUUGCUAAAAUUGAGAUGAACUCCAAAGCUCCUAAGGAUUCUUCCAAAACGAACACCAACUCGUCAUCGCUCACGGAAACCAAAUUACCGGAUAUAUUUUCUCACCAGCAUGAUCGUUCUGCCCGUGGUCUGAAGGAUGAUAACAACAACGGCAGUACCGCGGAACGACGACGGGCUCGCAAAGAAAACUUGGAACGGCGGACCAAGGCCGACGUCGUCGUCAAAUCGGGACAGAAGAUGGAAUAUGAAUUGGACGUGUCGCCUUGGAGAGGAGAUACCAAACAAGUGAAUAGAAACGAAAAGGACGACGCGAUGGUCGUCGACGGCGAGGACGUGGUUAGCAAUGAAACGAGUAAACCCAAGGCGAAGAGGAAAGCCGGUAAUCAAAAACUGCCAAUCAAGGCAAAGAACCCUGAUAGUAAAUGCAUUGAAUGGCUUCAAGAAUCGCAUCACUGAGGGUUGGUCAACAAUGAUAAUUUAGAAACUCAUGAAAUUCGGACAUGAUGAUACACGGUCAUGUUUUAUCAUUGUGUGCCUUUACUGCCUUAGACUUGCAAAUGGGUUUGGAACCUUUUCUGAUUUUUACCAAUAUUUAUAUCAUUAAUAUUUAGAAGAAAUAUGUUUCAAUAUCCGUCCUGAAUAAAUGGUGAUCAGUAAGACGUUAUUUUUUGUAUUGAAAUCAUAUUUAUUCAGCAGCUUCAGCAGUGCUGAACAAUGUUGAACAAUCGUCGUAUAUUUUACAUUUUCAUAAAUGAUAGAAUUGACAUUGAUGAAAGUCUCCCGUCCAAAUAACUGAUCAUUGUUUUUUAUGCAAUCAUAUCAAACAGAUUACAAUAUAAACUAAAUACAUUUAUCUCACGUUUUGCAUCAUUAUUGAACAAAUUUGCCUUGUUUGAGAUUUGCAAGUUUUUAUCCUUGUUUGCUGGCAAUCAAGUUGUAUAUAAGAUAAUUUUUUAAAUAUUAUUAUCUAUAGAGAUUGUUAAGCUUAUAAAUUCAAUAUGCAUCUUUUUUCUGACUGGAUGGAAAACUGUUCAAUAGGCUAUAUGUAUUUACACAUGGUAACCCUGGUAUAUCAUAGACUACUGUUUUUUUUUCUUCUCCUUCAUUCUUCUGAAUACGAUAAGAACGUAAAGAGGGACGUACUUCGCGAAACGGCAAAUUUUUAUAUGUAUUUUCAGAUCCCUCAUAUCCAAGAACGAAAUACAUGUAUGAUGCAUCGAGGUAUCUUUAUGUUCGUUGUGGUUCAGAAUCUGCCCUAGUACAGUAUGUUGUAUCAUGGACCUAUUACGAAAACAUUCUCAGAGUUGAGCGCGGCGCCACGCAAGCGUAUCGCAUUCAACCCCUCCCCCUUUGCAGCUUUGUCAUCCAUGUGAUCCGAUCUUUACUUUGCGAAGUUGUGCUUAAAAGCUCUAUAGCAGUGGGUAUGGAUAAUCCUAGAUAAUGCCUUUUAUUAUGUCGUUGGGGAGAGUAAAAUAAACACACUUCUACCCAAUACAGUAUAAAAGCAAACUUAAAGGUUGCUGAUCGUACAUGCAUACAAUCAUGUGCCGACUAUGUUACAUUACGUUUCUUGAAAACGGUAUGUUGAGUAGGAUCAUGUUUUGUAAGCAUAUGGUCAGAUUACAGCAAAAUAUUGAAUAUCAAUUUCGUAAAACUGCUCUACUGAGCGAGUAACGACCUCUUUUUGGGAGGGUUCUCUUGAUCUAUUGCCUUAAAAUGAUACUCAUUUGUCUUCCCGUCUCUCUUCUCUCACUUAUUUCUUGGGGGGGGGGUAAAACAAAGCUAAUUUUCAAUUUCCACACUGCGAGGCAAUACCCGACCAUAUAGACACUGUCUUUAUAUGUGCAAACCUUAUAUCCUUUUUACUCUCGCUGAAAGGUCGCAAUUAGAGAUGAUAUUGGAAAAAUAUGUAUUUAUGACUAUUGAGGAAGAGAAGCCCCAAGUGAUAUCGCAAAGGUAGUACGUUUUAAAAGAAGUCUUUCGGUAUGAUAUUUCCAUGAUAACAUGCCUAAUAUACGUUCAAUUUAAACUUAAGUUGAAACUUAUAUGAAAAUGUAUCAUUUCCUAUUACAAAUUCAGACAAAGCAUAAUCACUUCUAAUUUUCCAAUUGCAGUAUUCACAUUAAUUGGAAUGGCGUCAUUUAAGCUUAAAGCAAUGCAGGAUGUUUUUUUUUUCGGAAUAGGUAAAAUUUGAUUGUGGUUUAUCCUUAUUUUUCCAAAUAGAUGUUUCUAUGAGUUAUCAAUCAGAAAAUCUUAUAGUUUCAUGGACCUAACAACCAUGUCUGUUUAACUGUUUGUUUAAAUAAUUACACGUAAGACGAAAUGAAAUAGGUCCAUGGUUAAACAAAUUUAAGCGUUUUUAUAUAAUGUGUAACUAGAUUUAUUGUACGCCACAAAGUAAACGCUUUCAUCGUAGUCAUGGUACCUCGGGCGCGGAAAACUAAAAUUUGACCAAAGAACCCAAAAAAAGUUUACCGGGUAAUACUCAAACUCUCUCUAAGAAUAACAUUUAUUUUUAUAAAUGGCCAUCAAUGAUCGAUAUUGAAUUUUCAAGAACCUUCAUUCCAGCCCAAGAUCCUGGAGCAAAUUAGACAAUGUACGUUAUCCUUAAGCUCUUUGUCUUUACUAUAAUGGGUAAUUUCAUUUUAAUAAAGAGUUAACGGGUAACAAACUUUAACCAUUCAAUCUUGUAGAAGAAAUAUAAACCUUAAUGUGAGCUAAGUAUUACAAUAUUGAGUACUAUAUACAUUUUUUUAAUGUGCACUUUACAAAAUAUUGGAUAAAAUUUUAACUAGCACAAGGGUGAUUAUGUGUCAAUUUUGGGCAGUAUUUUACCCAAUGCGUGAAGCAUAUUGUCCAGUAUAUAAGUUUAAAAAAUAAGCAGCAAUUACUUUAGAAUGGGCAAAAUUUUCUUCACAUUGGAUAUAUGAAAAUUCCCUAGAGAAAAGCCCAAUGUUGGUUGCACACAUAAUAACCCUCAUGGAGCAUUUUUACCCAGUAUUUUUAGAGUGUGCAGGUUGGUUAAACCAGUCCCUGGUUGAACGAUAAUCCAUCUUACUUUUAUAUAAUAUGAUGUGUGCAAAGAUCAUCAAGUUCUGUCAAUGCCCCGUGACAUACUCGGUUCCAGGAUUCUCGUCUGAUAAUACCAACUGACUCGUCUAACUGUUUGAGUUGUAACUGUUAUGUUACAUACGAAUUGACUACAAAGGGCCAUCCCGGAGGGCCAUCCACUUUUGUCUGUUUUCGUUACAGUUUUGAAAUGUUUCCAAUAAUAUCAUUUACGUUAUGGGAAAAUAGACAUUUAGAAUCAUGUAGAUAUGGAAUUGAAUCUACUCGAAUUUGAGUACAAAAUCCUUGAGGAUUUCUUUAUUCAUUUUCUUUUAAUGGUUAGGCCUGGAGUUUUAGUUUCAAAACAAAUAGGCCUAUUUCUGUCGUUUUGACAAGAAACUAGUGAUAUUUUAAUGAUAUAAAUUGACCCGCUCUGAUAUAGGUAGAAAUGAAUAUAUUCUACAUUGAUAAAUACUACCAUGUUUGUAUUAUUCCCUAGUUACCAAAAUAACCGAGACCAUUUGGCUCGCCAUUAAUGAUGAAUAUUUGGAGUUACAACGUUACGACUACUUUUUGUUUAUAUUCUAUAAACAAAAAGUCAAAUUCAAAUUAUCUAAGAGGUUAUUUUAUUUUCGACGCCAUUGUUGCGUGUGAUAAUCGUGUUCGCAGUCAGUAGUGCAUUUUUUUUUGUAACUUUGUAUACCACAUACGUCACUGGACAUUUUAUUAUGUAAUCACUAAAAGAUGAAUAUAAAAAGCUUGUCUUCUUUAGAUAACAGCGUACCAUCCGCAUUCCAAAGGGUCUAUUACAAUAUAUCAUUAAGUGCGGUCCUGAACGUCGGCGUCUAAAUGGCAAUUAGGUAUAUUGCUGGACUGCCAUAUACCCGUUUUCAUUUGUAAGUUUACUGUAACCGUUAAAUACCAUAUCGUAAAACCAUUGACCUACUAACGAGCCAUGGUAAAAAAAAUCACGGCAAUUAUAUAAUGAUUUUUUUCCGUUUCGUAAUCUCUUAAAAAGAGAGGUAUAUAAAAAUACGUAAUUGUCUGAUAAUAACAAUCGAGAUGUUUUGACCAGUGUAAACGACCCUCUGCACGCUGUUACAAUGAUCGUACAUUACAUGGACCAUCAUGACCAUGGUACAUUCAAUGUUUUAUCAGUAAAACAUGUUAAAUAGCUAUGUGCAAUAGAGGUAUUGGGGACGUGUGUACUAUUUUGGUCAACUGCAUUAGCAUUAGGUACAGUUCUGUUAAAACAUGUCUGGUAGAAAGACCGGGUAGAAAGAUUGUUUAUUGCCCCUAUAUUUCGUUAACGCAAUUAAUAGUCAUUACCGAUACAGCUAAGGCAAUGGAGUCGGCACAAAAAGCUUGAUUGUGAAAAAGGUGUUAUGAGCGGCAAUUGACAAUAGGUCGUUAUAGCUGUUUGGUAAUUCUAACGAAGAUGAAGGCUGACGUUUGCUAAUUGAUAUGACUGGCUAAUUACUACUUUAUUGACUACCAAUUUAGAUCCUUGUUGUUUUGCCUAUUAACCGUUGCGAUGAGAUGGCCUGAAAUAACUUUCUAAGCCGAGUAGUAAAAAUGCUAUGUCAUUCUUGGUGUCUCUUUGAAAGUCGUUAAAGUUGAAUUAAGAAGGGGGUGAGUUUCCAUAAAUAUAGGUUCUACACACAAUAUAUAGUAUAUAUAAGUUGUUCAAACAGAUAGCAUGUCACAAAAAUCCUCUGCCUUCUCGAUAUUUUGCUUUGAAAGUCUAUGAAAUUAGCCACCUGUCAGAGCCCGAGAGACGAGUGUACAGAAAAGUCACUCGGAGUGUGACGUCACCGGGGGGAAUUUAGUAUAAGAGGUGCCUGAAUGUCAUACAGAAAUGCUAUGCAGAGAGAGAAAGAUAUUUUACAAUUUUUUUUCAAAGCAACUCGAAUCAAACAAAUAGGACUGAUAUGUACAAAUCUUUACUUUCCCUGUAUAAAAAACAGUAUGAAUAACCAUCAUGAACUCUUCAAUCAUGAUGUAAGAUAGCAAACAGUGAGUUAUUGAAUGAUAUUUUCACUAUUUCUCAUUUAUUUUAUCACGAUGUUCAAUCAAGUGAGUAGCUGGAAAGUAAUUCCGGCGGAUAGCUCAGCUCUCGCUCAGCGCGCGCUGAACGCAUAAUACUAGUACACACAACACCCAGGCAUUGAGCUAUGUACUGUUAAAUGGUCUGGUGGCUUUGACUCCACUUUUCUAUCCUCUGGAUCAUUUCCACUCAUAGCAUAGCUCAUUCCACAGAACAAUCUUGAACCAAACGUAUUAUUCUUUCUCGGCCUUCUGAGUUGUUUCCUAUAUUUAAUUACGCUAGGGGUCACCGUCACACAUACAAACGCAAUUCGCAAGUGAGUUGAAGACAGAGAGAUAUAUAGUAAUUAGUAUACAUCUCUAUGGUUGCAUGAAGACAACAAGGAAGGUAUGCGGUACGGUAGCUCGACAGCUAGCUGCGCCGGAGCGGGCGGCCGGUCGGCACAAAGCAAUUCCGCAACCAACUGUGUUUUUUUGCAAGAGCCGCGUCACACGCGGAUAAAUAUGUCAUAAUAACACGUCUGCUACGUUAUCGACUGGUGAGAAGAUCUCGAUCAAAUUUCAUAUUAUUCACCUUGAAAUUAUUCCUUUAGGGUCUAUGGUAUCAUUCUGAGGGAAUUUACAUAUUUGGAAUAAUAGUACGGCCACAAAUAUUUUAAUCAUUUCCUCUUUGCAAGUUCUAUGGCUCGCAGAUACAACUUCAACUGCAGAUAUUCCAUAUAGGCGUACGUGCAUAGUACACAAAGCGGCACUGCCUGGUUUACUACACCGGGACCGAAUACCCCCCGGUGACGUCACACUCAAAGAACACCCGUCUCGGUAGGCAUUGCAGGAGCGAACUCGGGGAAAAUGGGUAGGGAUAAAUCGUUCAAAUUCACUAUUUUGAAAAAAGAAAAUGGGGGUUCGAAUCACCUCUUAGUGUUUGGGGGGUUGUAAGGUUGCUAUUAAUGUAAAUAUCUCAAUAUUUGGAAUCGUCUUCUUAAUUCAACUUUAAUUGAGUUUGAUAAUUCCCUUGUCAUUAUUGUAUACUAUGAAUCUUGGUCCAUUGAAAUCCCCCCUUUCUUACAAGAUGAAGUCGAUCGUGCAUCACUUCCCUAAAACUUCCUCCUCCUUAUCUCCCUCACCAUCACCCUCAUCACCACCACUAUCAUCAGCAUCAUUAUCAUCACCAACAUCAUCAUCAUCAUCAUCGUCGUCAUCACCAUCACCGACAUCUUGAUCAUGGACUUCUCUCUCAUUUUCCUCCGCCCCUCCAAAGAUACCCCCUCUACCAUAUUAUCUGCAUGUAAAAUAAUCAUUGUUUACCCACGGUUAAUUUGCUGGGCAGUCUUUGGAAAUUUUUAUUCAUGUUCUCCCGAUAAAAGCCCAUCAAUUCUCACACUCUGUUUGUAUUAUUAUUAUCACCCCCACCGCUACAAUGUCAGUCGAUAAUCGACGAGAUUCAUUUUGUCCGAAUGUCAAUUCAAAUGUCACCGUAUACUAAAUGCCUGAUAACUCAUUGUCAAAAUAAUACAAAACAAUGUAAGGCGUUGUUAUUAAUGUACAUCUGUCCCAUUGAAAUUACAUAGAUUCACUUUCAAAAUUUUCUCUGUAUUGUCAUACAAAAUGUCAAUAAAUAAUUGGUAGAUGCGCUCCACCUUAUAUACAGUGAGAUGAUUUGCAUUUUUAUCAUUUUAUAAUGUAUCAAUUAUUCAUUCAAAACUAUAAUUCUAUUGUGUCGCAAUUGGAGUGAACUUGUCAUCGUUAUUUAUUAUAUUAAAGUGUUGUUGAUGUAGCAAUGUAAACUAGAGAGAGAAUUUAUUAUCACGACUAUAUGAAUGUAUGUUGAAUAAAGAACGAAAUAUCAAACUAA